UCUCCUUGUCUUGGUUCCACCAUAAAUCAAAACCUACAUAUAACGUGGGACCCAGUAAUGUGGCCACCUCAGAUUGACAUCAUUCGGUCGGUCUCACACUCUCACUCUAACACUCCUCGCCCCUCGAUGUAGCCAGCGGUGCACUAUAAAACCGAAUCCCUCCACGCUUUCUGCUUGCUCAACUCAACACAGUGGCCGUAGUAUAUGUGUAUUUAUUAUAUCACUCAAAUAUCAAAUCUCAACAAUCGAUGGCCGAUUCAACAACGCCGCUUCUCUCUCGAUCCAACUCGGAAGCUGAACCAGAAACCCCACGACUCGCGAAGCAAGUUCCCUCUCUAGACGACACCAUCGAACGGUGUAUAGGAAGUUUCGGGUGGGCUCAGCUCCUGCAAGCCGUCCUGGUCUCCCUCGCGUGGGUCUUCGACGCCCAGCAGACCUUCAUCAGCGUCUUCACCGACGCCGAGCCCACCUGGCACUGCUCUCGCCCCGACGACCCCUCCUGCAACUCUUCCGCCAACCUCUGCUUACUUCCCAAGGAUGCAUGGGCUUGGGAUAAGCCGUCACGGACAUCCGUCCUGUCGGAAUGGAACCUCGCCUGCGCCGGCCCCGUCAUCGCCGGGUUACCGGCGUCGUCAUUCUUUGUGGGCUGCCUCGCUGGUGGACUCGUUCUCGCCACAUUGGCUGAUUCGUCUCUCGGUCGCAAAAAUAUGCUCGUCCUCUCAUGCCUGAUGAUGUCCGUAACUUCUACUUUAACGGCCUUUUCUCCCAACAUUUGGGUCUACGCCGCCUUGAGAUUCGUUAGCGGGUUCGGUCGCGCUACGAUCGGAACUUGUGCGCUUGUCCUCUCGACAGAAAUCGUUGGAAAACGAUGGCGAGGUGAGGUGGGUGUCAUCGGAUUCUUGUUAUUCACAUUCGGUUUCUUGUCGUUACCGAUCAUGGCUUACAUCAACCGAGAGUCUUCAUGGAGGACCCUCUAUCUGUGGACGUCCGUGCCAGCCAUCUUUUACUGUAUAAUUAUCCACUUCGCAGUGCGCGAAUCACCAAGAUGGCUCCUGGUGAAAGGACGCAAAGACGAAGCGAUAGAGACGUUAAGAACCAUAACCACAAGGAAUCAAAGUAGCUUCAGGUUAAGCGUGAGCUUCUCCGGCAUAUCCAUCGUACCGGAGACGUUCGACGGCAAUCUCUACUCUGCUAUCAAGGCAUUGGUGGAGAAAAAGUGGGCCUUUCGACGGUUAAUGGCAGUGAUGACCGUCGGUUUCGGCAUCGGAAUGGUGUACUACGGGAUGCCUUUGGGGGUCGGAAACCUGGCCUUCAAUCUCUACUUGAGCGUCACCUUCAACGCCUUAUCAGAGCUGCCGUCGUCGUUGCUGACGUUCUUUCUUAUCGGAAAAUUGAACAGGAGAAGUUCGCUGCUGGUGUUCACGAUUAUAAGCGGGAUUUGUAGUAUAAUGUGCGUGGUGGUGGGUGAGUCACGGCAGGUAUUGCAGGUGGCGGUAGAGCUGGUGAGCUUCUUUAGCGCGUGCACGGCAUUCAGCGUGUUGCUGAUAUAUACGCUGGAAUUGUUCCCGACGUGUGUGAGGAACUCGGCAUUAUCGAUGGUUAGGCAGGCGUUGGUGUUCGGCGGGGUGUUCAGUCCGGUGUUGGUGGCCGCCGGGAGGAAAGAUGGGUUUUUAUCUUACGGGGUGUUUGGGUUGGUAAUCGGGUGUUGUGGUUUGUUCGUGGUUUGCUUGCCGGAGACCAGAGGUGGGACCCUUUGUGAUACGAUGGAUGAACAGGAGUACAAGGAGAUAAUAGCAUCUAACGGUGGUGAUGAUGUUUGAAUUCAAACGAAUCCAAUUGCCUUGUAUUCAUUUACUCGAUUGAUGAUUGAUGUAAGUCGGUAUCCAAUCCAACGGUGGUGCGGAUGGGACGAAUGGUAACGCCUAUAAAGAAAAUGAAAAGCUGAGAUGCACCCAAUUAUAAUGUCUUUCCAAAACAUAAGAAUUUUUGUUUCAGCUCUAUUAAGAAUUUUUUUAUAGGUCAGGUAGGAGAAAGGUGGUAAUUUUUACAUCUAUUUUUGGGAUUCGAAA